ACAGAGUGCCCCAGAAAAAGCAGAGAACAGCACAGGCUUUGUUUUUGUCCUAGAGAGAGAAAAAAGUAUAUAAAGAUAGAGAAAGAGAAAGAGAUAGAUACAAAGUAAACAUUUUUAGAGAGAGAAAGUAAAAGGGUUGUUGCAGAGUUUAGCUGCAAAGCCCGCACACAUAGGGAGAGCAGGGAGAGACAGAGAGAGAGAGAGAGAGGGGAGAAGAACAGCAAAAGAGCUUCACAAGGAAACCCUAACCCUAGAAAAAAAAUGUUUCAUUUUGCGUCCCUCUGGUGACCCAGUAAGGCUCUGUUAUUUUUCUCUCAGCUUUGAUUUACAUGCCAUGUGAAGGAAGACAGAUUUCCACAAUAAUUUGUAAAAUCCCAGCUUCAAAAUUUGCGGUCUUUGUGUUUAACUUAUGCUGCCGCAUGUGGGCUUGUACUAAAUGUUGGAUCUUUGUUGUAGAGGCUGAAAUUUCAGGCUUAUUGGGGGUUUAUCUCAACUGGAUUGCUUGAACUAGAGGUUUUCUGGUUUUGUUUUUUAUUUGGGUAUUUUGUGCCUUUUUUCCUGUGGAAUUUUUCUGCUUUUUCUGAAAAUUUGUCUGGAGAUUAGAGGCAUUAAGAAAUUUAGAUGAUUGUGGGUUCUUUCUCUGCAUAACUUGGUGAUUUGAGGACGUCUUUGAUGAAUGGUUUGAAAUAAAGCUUCUUACUUUGUGCGCCAGAAGUGAGGUGAAGAAGAAGAAAUAGCUUCUGGAAGUUAAAGAUUUCUCAUUGUCUGUUUGGAUCCGGCUAGUGGUUCGGGUUGAACCCAAAUAAAUUGCAGUUGAUUUACUCUCUGAUCUUUGCGCUGGAGCGGUUAGGAUUACCGGGGGCAAUGUCUUCGUUAAGCAGGGAGCUGGUAUUCCUGAUCUUACAGUUCUUAGAUGAGGAGAAGUUCAAGGAAACAGUUCAUAAGCUUGAGCAAGAGUCUGGUUUUUUCUUCAAUAUGAAGCAUUUUGAGGACCAAGUCCAGGCCGGAGAGUGGGAUGAAGUUGAGCGCUAUUUGUGUGGCUUCACUAAAGUUGAAGACAACCGGUAUUCAAUGAAGAUUUUUUUUGAAAUUAGGAAGCAGAAGUAUUUGGAAGCUCUUGACAGGCAGGAUAGGGCAAGGGCUGUUGAGAUUCUUGUGAAGGACCUUAAGGUUUUUUCAUCAUUUAAUGAGGAACUUUUCAAGGAGAUCACCCAGUUGCUUACUCUUGAUAACUUUAGGCAAAAUGAGCAGCUUUCCAAGUAUGGAGAUACAAAAUCGGCUCGGAAUAUCAUGCUUAUAGAACUUAAAAAGCUCAUUGAGGCAAACCCAUUAUUUCGUGAUAAGCUUGCAUUCCCAGCCUUCAAAAGUUCACGACUUCGAACGUUAAUCAACCAGAGUCUCAAUUGGCAGCACCAGCUUUGCAAGAAUCCCCGUCCAAACCCUGAUAUUAAAACACUAUUUAUGGAUCAUUCUUGCACUCCAACUGCUAACGGAUCUCGUCCUCCACCCACAAAUAGUCCCCUUGUAGGACCAAUUCCAAAGGCUGGUGCAUUUCCUCCUAUUGCUGCCCUUGGUCCAUUUCAACCUGUUGUCUCCCCAUCUCCUGGUGCCAUUGCUGGGUGGAUGUCAAGCACUAACCCUCCUUUGCCCCACCCUGGUGUUGCAGCAGCUCCUCCUGGUAUGCAGCCUUCUAGUGCAGCUGCUUUCCUGAAGCACCCAAGGACCCCUACAGGUGUUACAGGGAUGGAUUAUCAAUCAGCUGAUUCAGAGCACUUGAUGAAGCGUAUUCGCACUGGUCAAGCUGAUGAGGUAUCCUUUUCUGGUGUGAUGCAUAAUUCCAAUGUCUAUUCACAAGAUGACCUUCCCAAGGCUGUUGUUCGUACCCUUAGUCAAGGAUCUAAUGUGAUGAGCAUGGACUUCCAUCCACAACAACAAACUAUUCUUCUAGUUGGAACAAAUGUUGGUGAUAUCAGCCUCUGGGAAGUAGGGUCCCGGGAGAGGUUGGUACAUAAGCCUUUCAAGGUUUGGGAUAUACAAACUGCGUCAACACCGUUGCAGACAGCUCUGGUGAAUGAUGCUGCAAUAUCAGUUAAUCGUUGUGUAUGGGCGCCAGAUGGGUUUAUGUUGGGUGUUGCAUUUUCUAAGCACAUUGUUCAGAUAUAUAAUUACAAUCCAACUGGAGACCUGAGACAGCAUUUGGAGAUUGAUGCUCAUGUUGGUGGUGUUAAUGACAUUGCAUUCGCUCACCCCAACAAGCAAUUGUGUAUUGUUACAUGUGGAGAUGAUAGAGUGAUUAAGGUAUGGGAUGCUGUAGCCGGACGCAAACAGUAUACAUUUGAAGGCCAUGAAGCUCCUGUGUAUUCAGUGUGCCCUCAUUACAAAGAAAAUAUCCAGUUCAUUUUUUCAACUGCCAUUGAUGGGAAAAUUAAAGCUUGGCUAUAUGAUUGCUUGGGAUCACGAGUGGAUUAUGAUGCUCCUGGACUUUGGUGCACUAUGAUGUCAUAUAGUGCAGACGGAACCAGACUCUUCUCAUGUGGAACAAGUAAAGAAGGUGAAUCCCAUCUGGUGGAGUGGAAUGAGAGUGAAGGGGCUAUCAAAAGGACAUAUUCUGGUUUUAGAAAACGCUCUUUAGAUGUUGUUCAAUUUGACACAACAAGGAACCGAUUCUUAGCUGCUGGUGAUGACUUUCAAAUUAAGUUCUGGGAUAUGGACAAUACCAAUGUGUUGACAGCUGUGGAUGCAGAUGGCGGUUUGCCUCCUAGUCCUAGACUGAGAUUCAAUAAAGAAGGGUCACUGUUGGCUGUAACAACAAAUGACAGUGGUAUUAAGAUUUUAGCAAAUAAUGAUGGCUUGCGCUUGAUUAGAAUGUUGGAGGGAAGGGCUAUGGAGAAAAAUAGAGGCACUACUGAGCCCAUCAACUCUAAGCAGCCUCUGAUGGUCAAUGCAAUAGGCGCCAUUGUGAAUGUUCCUAACACUGUUGCUCCAGCCCUGGAACGUCCUGAUAGAAUACAACCAACUGUGUCUAUCAGUCAUCUAGGUACUAUGGAGAACAGCAGGCUUGUUGAUGUUAAACCACGGAUUUCUGAUGAUAUAGACAAGAUUAAGAGCUGGAAAAUUUCUGAUGUUGCGGAUCCCUCUCAAAUGAAAGCUCUCCGACUUCCUGACUCUACAAUUGCUGGAAAGAUUGUGAGACUAAUGUACACCAACAAUGGCCUGGCUUUGUUAGCCCUUGCCUCCAAUGCUGUUCACAAGCUUUGGAAAUGGCAGCGUAAUGAAAGGAAUCCAUCCGGGAAGGCUACUGCAUAUGUUGCACCACAGUUGUGGCAGCCUCCCAAUGGAACUCUUAUGACUAACGAUGUAAAUGACAAUAAACCAGCUGAGGAGUCUACUGCGUGCAUUGCUUUAUCCAAGAAUGAUUCUUACGUCAUGUCCGCAUCUGGUGGGAAGGUCUCUUUGUUCAACAUGAUGACAUUUAAGGUCAUGACAACAUUUGUAUCUCCCCCUCCCGCAGCCACUUUUUUGGCAUUUCAUCCUCAAGACAAUAAUAUAAUUGCAAUUGGCAUGGAGGAUUCUACUAUAUUAAUAUAUAAUGUUAGGGUUGAUGAUGUCAAAACCAAACUGAAAGGUCACCAGAAUCGGAUUACUGGCCUUGCAUUUUCCCAAAUUCAUAAUGUACUGGUAUCUUCAGGUGCUGAUACCCAGUUAUGUGUGUGGAGCAUUGAUGGAUGGGAGAAAAAGAAAACAAGGUUCAUACAAGCACCAGCUGGUCGCCAACCCCCGAUGGUUGGAGAAACAAAAGUUCAGUUUCAUAAUGAUCACACACACCUGUUGGUUGCCCAUGAAAGCCAAAUUGCUGUGUAUGAUUGCAAGCUUGAAUGUUUGUGCUCUUGGUCUCUGAAAGAUGCACUCACUGCUCCCAUAUCAAGUGCAAUAUAUUCAUGCGAUGGUCUACUGGUUUAUGCUUCUUUUUGUGACGGUGCUGUUGGAGUUUUUGAUGCUGAUACCUUAAGACUGAGAUGUCGAAUAGCACCUACUGCUUAUAUACCAUCAUUUUCUCUCAGCGGAAACCCCAGCUAUGCUUUGGUUAUAGCAGCUCAUCCGUCUGAGCCUAAUCAGAUUGCACUUGGCAUGACUGACGGCUCAGUGCAUGUAGUUGAACCAUCUGAGGCAGAGCUGAAGUGGGGUGGGGCGCCCCCUCAAGACAACGGCCCUUCCAAUUCGUCAAAUCCUUCUCCUAGCGGUCAAGCAUCUGAGCAUCCUUCCCGGUGAUGGUGGCAUCGAUGAAACGAAGGAUAGACAUGAAUUUCAUGGUGCAGUUUCAGGAAUUUUAGUUAGUACAUUUUCCAAUUUUUCGUUAAUUUGAGCCAUUGCUUUGGUUCACGGCUGCUUAUUAUUCUAUGUAAAUCUUGUAUUUGUUUUGUUGAAUGAAGUUGUAGGGAGGGAGAGUAUGAAUCUCUUAUAUUUUCAUCGCCAGAAUGUGUUGGAAGACACCAUGAAAAGGCCAACUUGUCUUCCGGCAGUAUUUUAGGUUGUUUUAUUCCCUUUAAUACGUAAUUAUAGUAUACAUAAGUAAAUGGUUUUUGGAAUGAAUUAUUGUUUUAUUA